AUGUUUCCCGACAUCGUCAUCCCCAGCAUCGAGCGCGGUCCCAGCCCGCGAUCCACAUCCCCCAACUCGUCCACAAGGGAAGGAACGCAGACAUCUUGUUCUUCGCCCGCACCACCCUCGGAGUCUCUCGCGUCGAGGUCGUACUCCCACGACGGCACGGUCUCUCCCUUGGGACCGCGCUCCCGCCUACUUGAAACGCCGAGAUACGUCUCGGCCCUGCGUCCGCUCUCCAUGUCUCCAUCACCGGGCGUCCCCGGUGAGUCCCCAACCGCUCUGCCGCUCUCGACGCCGUCGCCCCCCUCUUGCGUCGUCGUACCGCCCGGAUUCCGUCUCGGCCGCCGAGCGAGGGGCCCGGACCUGCGGGUCAGGCUCGGCUCGCCCGAAGACCCCUACGUCGCCGUCGGCGGGAUUCAUCGCCCGCGGUGCCCCAGCUGCGGGUGCGUCUGCAUGUCCAUCGGGGACCGCUCGCGGCAGAGCGGAGGUUGGUUGGGUACUUCCGGGCCUACCACGGGGGGGUUAGGAUCCCGGGACCAGCGGUGGCUGCGUUGA